AAAAUCCAACAAUUUUUUAGAAAUUUGAAUUUACUUAAAGAAAAGAAAAAGAAUAGAGGAGUUGUUUUGACCUAAGCGGGAAAGUAACCCGCGGUUGAAUUUUGCUGACUCAUAAAGAUUCAAAUCCUAAAAGCUAAAGGGAUCGAGAAAGAAUUUGGUUCGAAUUUAAAACCCCAUUCCCUCCGAAACAAAUUAGGGUUUGGGUUUUGACACCAUGACUGGUUCGCGCAGAGGCAAUGGCGAUGGCGGGGAAAAUGUGAGGAAAGCGGCGAGCGAGCAGAACCCGGCCACUCGCAGGGUCAUACGCUCCCAGUUCCUCCAACUCAAGAAUCUCAUCAAUGAGAAAAGAGAUGAUUUGAUGAACACGGAGUCUGACAAGUUCGACACCAUCUUGGAUGAGUUCGACAAGUUACACGUCCAAGUUGAGAAGCCGAGGGAGCAAGUUGCAGAUGCAGAGGCACUGCUGGAUCUCACACGCACUCUAGUGGGAUCUGUUAAGUCGUUGGCGAACGAGGGUGUGACCCCUUCUCAAUUUGUUUCAUCUUUGCUCAUACGCUACGCCCAUACCCAACACUCUAUUGAUUGGCACAAACUUGGCCUUGCCGCCUCCCCAAUCUUCCUCUCCGUUCAUGGCUCUUCUACCAUGCUUGGUCCCAUGGACAACCAGUUUAAGCAACGCAAAAUGGGAGUGCGCAGGAACCGUGAUCCUCGUCAAAUUGCAACUACUAGACCUCAACAGCUUGAUGAGGCUGUUACAGAGGAAAAAACUGAUACCGACAAAAACAUGGCCACUAUGUUUCACAUCUUAAGGAGGACAAAGCGUGUCCCACUUGAAAAUUUAAUUUUGAACAGGGAGUCUUUUGCUCAGAGUGUGGAAAACUUGUUUGCCCUAUCAUUCCUAGUGAAAGAUGGCCGUGCUGAGAUCAGCCUUGAUGAAAAUCGCUUGCACUAUGUUUCACCUAAAAAUGCUCCAGCUGCCAACUUGGUAUCAUCAAAAGAAGUUUCUUAUACUCAUUUUGUAUUCAGAUAUGAUUACCAAGAUUGGAAGUUAAUGAAAGAUGUGGUGCCUGAUGGAAAAGAAUUAAUGCCUCAACGGACUCAAAUUUGCACUGUAGUUGCAUCUCAAGAAGGAAUGGGUGGUGAUGAUUCCCAACCUGCUUUGGCUGUAACACCCAUCAGGAAGCUAUCACGGAACCGAGGUCGGGUUGUGCAGGAGGAAGGUGUUGUAGAAGAAUCUCCUGAAUGUGAUGAGGAAAAUGCUUCCAGAGCAGGGGCAAUUCGUAGGUGUAAGCGUAGGCUUCGUUAAGAAAUGGCAUGUUAGGUCAGAACAAUUUACAUGAUUAUGUUUUGUUCAGCAUACCAAGCCGACCUUUUUGUGAUGUAUAUAGGAUGUAAAUACUUGUAGAUCCAUGGUAGCAUGCCUUUUGAAGACUGGAUGUAUUGUUAUAUCCUGUUUCAGUCUUUUUCAGUUUGCAACUCAUCAGAAGAUUUCUUCAUUACUUUUUUAGUGUAUGUCGUUAUGUUAGUGAAAUGGGUAACAAAAUAGAUCCAGCUGUUGGUGAUUGGGUUUCAAA